CUUUUCAGGGGGGUAAUGACACGCAGCGGGGCGGUGCAGACGUACUGUCAGGAACCGCACAUGUUGCACAAUCACUGCCGAACAGACCACUGGCAUGCCGGAUAAAGCUUUCUCUGGAUGACUCUUCUCAGCCGUGUGAGCAGAUGAGCGUUUAUGCCAAAUUGCUGCCAACACGAUGGGACAAACCGAGUGAGACGACAUGUGGGUGUUCAUGGAGCGAAGUUUAGCCAUGGUUUGGACCUUCCUGCUGGGAGGCGGACUCAGUCUGGACUUCUCUGUUGCAACAACCAAGACCGUCCCUCAAUCGCUGCGGCUGCUCGGCUGUGUGUUUAUACCUCGAAGUAACGUCACCUGCCACUGGACGCCUGGAGACAAUCAGGCAACGUACUAUACCCUUAAAGCUGAAAAAAUCCCGAGUUCAAAAAGCUCGACAUUCAUCUGCACCACAACCGGGUUGAGCUGCACUGCAGGAAUCAAUGGAUCCGGACUUAGGUUCACGUUUUGCAUCAGCAUCAUAUCGCACGGCAUAAGUGGAAAUAUUUCAUCUAAAACUCGGUGCCAGUCUGCAAGAAUAGAAGGAAAAUUGGCUCCAGCGAGUUUGAACAGCGUCCAACAAGUUGACGGUUCCCCUCACUGCCUGAGUGUGUCCUGGACCAGUAAUGUGACUCAUUUUCCCCUGUCUCCGUCAGAAAUUGAAGCUGGACAGCUGGAUUCUCAAAUGAAGUUUACACCAGAGGGAGAGGUAAAUGCUCAGGUCAGGAGUGUGAGUGUAACUGGAUACACUUUCCAGGUGUGCCUCUUCAAGCCGGACACCUCGUAUACGCUCCGGAUUCGAAACCGUUACCUGGGCGAGGUCAGUCCCUGGAGCGAGUGGAGCAACCCAUUUCAGGGAAGGACAGCAGAGGCUGCCCCGUCUGCAGCACCAGCUCUCUGGAGGGAAGUGGGACUUAUCGGCAGGAACGGAUGGAGGCUCAUUUCUCUGCUUUGGAAGCCGCUGCCUCGCCUCCUGGCCAACGGCAGAGUUGCCUUCUACAAUGUGACUUGUCGGGCAGAGAAUGAUCUGAAUCUUAGCGAUUAUGGGAGCUGUGGAAAACUGCAGCAUGAAACCACAUCCUGCAGCUUGCCUCUUCCUGCCGGACGUUGCUCCUGUAGUCUGACGGCGUCCACCUCUGCAGGGACAUCGCCUGUAGCCCGGAUCUGGAUCUCAGGCUCCUCUGAAAAAGAGCCGCCGCCUCCGGCCGAGCUCACGGCCACGCCGCUGGGUGACGGCAGCUUGGUGGUUUGCUGGAGGCCUCCGCCAGAUCUGUCAGUGAGCGGCUUCGUGGUGGAGUGGGUUGCAGUCAGAGAGGAAACCAGCAGCGUUCUGCACUGGGAAAAGCUGAAUAGUUCCUCUACAAAGCUGAUCAUCACAGAGGGAGUGAAGGCAAUGGAACGUUACGCUGUCUCUGUCAAGGCUCUGUAUGGUGAACAAGGAGCAGGAGAAAGUAUAACGCUCCAUGUUUAUACGCAGCAAGGAACGCCCUCAGCUGGUCCUGAUGCGCGGGUGGAGCGCAUUUCUGAAAGCUCAGUGGAGCUCAGCUGGAGUCCCGUACCUGUGGAGCGGCUUCAUGGCUUCAUUCGGAGCUACGCCCUCUUUUGCACCACCAGAAACCAGCUGGAAAAGAGUGUAACUGUGCCAGGCCACGUCCACCGCUACACUCUGGAGAAUAUAUCGCCUGGUAUUUACGACAUAUUCAUUCGCGCCAGCACCGUCGCUGGUACUGGUCCGGCUGGGAACCCGGCUAACGUUCACAUUGGCUCUGAGGAAAUAUCGAUAGUGAUCUGCAUCAUCGUUCCACUGCUGCUGAUUUCACUGGUGCUGAUUCUGAUACUCCUGCUGGCUCAGAGGAGAGUGAUAAAGAAGAAGCUCUGUCAUGGAGUGCCAGAUCCUUCUAACAGCACCGUGUCCCGGUGGAACCCUCAGACCAGCUUCGAGAAUACGAAGCUGAUUAUGAAACAAGAGAAGCCAGAAGUCAGCUUCCCUGAAGUCGUCGGGAGGCGAGAUCUAGAGUGGGCCCACAGCUAUUUACCCAUCUGCAAAAAUCAGCUCUAUUUUGACCCGCAGCCCUCCUCUUUCCUAGCCGGAGCAUCAGAUAGAGGAUAUAUCACGAACGUGACCAGGACCCAGUCUGCCAAUGAUCUUUCCACCAGGCCCUACAGCUAUUCCACUGUCCUCUUCAACCAAUUCAACCAGUACCUGCCGUCCUCUCCUCAGGCCGGUCAGAAUCCCAACAUCUGCUGUAGUGACAUUAAGCAGGCAGCAGAUGGAAGCAGCGAGUCAUCGGUCUUCCCGUUUACCGAGUUGGAAGAACAGAAAGCCUUUGCUUUUUCUCUGGAGCGCUUUAAAAGCCUUCAUUCCUCACCAGACUUCAGCAGUACUCCUCCUUCCUGCGUCUCACUUCCUCAUCAGACUGAUUCACUAAGGUUAAACUCGGCUUACAGAAAACUUCCGUCGGACAGCUUUGCUUCAACAUUUCCCUCUCUUGCCUUUGUGGAUUUAUCCUCAUCCCCUGUGGAGUUUGGUCCUUACAUCUCCUCUGAUCGCUAGGUUAAGAUUUAAGAUUAUUUUCGUAAACUAAGACUUUAUUUUCUAGUUGGAAGUGUCAUAGGUCUCUCCUAAAAGAUAAUCACAAUGGGGUAUCAUUUUAGAAACAGAUAAUAUCUCAGUUUUUAUUUAUUCAUUCAUUUUAAAAAAUGAGAUGUCAAAAAAUUAUUUAUACCGUUCUAUCAAUGGAAAAGCUUUCAAUGCUUUUUGCUUACCUGCUCUGGUAUUUUUGCUAAUUUAUAUUUCGCAAUGAGCUCAAUGUUUUUGAGGUUAGUUUGUACCAUUAGUGAAUCAGCCAGUCACAUGAGAGCAACCUAAUAUGUUUUGGUCAAAACAUAUAAUAAUGAUUCUUUCAAAUAAAGUUGUGGAAUUCAACUUCAGAUAAAGUAAAUAUAGUUACUGUCUAAAUGCGUCCAGACCUCACACAUAUAUACAGUAUAUAUACAUAUAUAUAUAUAUUCUCUUAUUGAUAGUUGCAAUAUUUCUUUGUUUUAAAAACUUGGUGGAAAGCUUGUUAAGUUUACGUAAGCCAAAGUUUCACUAAACAUUCCAGUCAUUUCUCUAAAUUUAUGAUCACAGAGCUGUGAAAAUGUCGAGUCGCUGCUUUUUUCAGCAUUUGAGCCAUUUUGAAGUUUUUAAAAUGUGAAUAUUUGACUCUUUAUGCCCAGUGGGGUGUCAGUGACAGUUCAUCCUGUAACUGGUAGGAGGAAGACGCUUCACCCGCCUCGCCUCUGUCAGGCUGGACCUCAGCACCAUCAGUGUGUGAAUGUGUGUGUGAAUGGGUGAAUGUAGCGUGAGGCGCUUUGGAUUUGAUAAAGCGCUGUACAAGUGCAGGCCAUUUACCAUUUUACUUUAUAUUGGGAAUGAAAUGUAUGUCUUAAACUGUAAAUAGCAAACUGUUGUGCCUUUAACUUUCACUCAUUGCCUAUAAGAUUGUUUCAAACUUUUACUUCUAUUUAUGUAUGCAGCUGAAAACCAAUGCUUUCCCUUUGUUGUUUGGUGGGAUUUUGUGUUAACAGAUUUGAAUCUAAAAUCUUGCAUAAUUUUGAUGUAACUGCAUUCCAGCAUGGCAAGCAGUUGUAUUUUUGUUUCUUGUUUUCUGAUCAAACUUCUCCUGUUUCCUCUAACAUUUUGGAGAGUGACCUGGGACUGUGAAAAAACCUUCUUCAUCUAGUUUGUAGAUCUGCAAAAAAACAAACAAACUACUAAAGUAGGAUUCAGCUUCAAAGAAAUGAGGCGUGUUUAUAGCAUAUUUUAAAUGGCAUUUUGUUAUUUGUGAUUUUAUUAAAACAUCUGCCCUGUCUGUAAAGGCCUUGAAAAAUGUUGACACCACUUUAUUGAUGCCCAUUUUUUACAUAAAGUUUAAAAUAUUUAACAGAAAUUAAAAUUAACUUAGGUGUGAAAAAAAAACAUUACAAAGAGCAGCGUAUUUUAGUUACUGUGAUAAAGAGAGUUGAAAUGCGUGCUUUCUUGUCCUUUAUAUUUUGAAGAAGUGGUUAAAAAGUGUGACCAUGUAAAACUGAAAUCAGAUUACAACCUUUUCCUGUUUUUAGUUCAGUUAGAAUGACCAACAUUAUUUCUAUUUUACAUAUGUUUUAUAAAUGCCUAUUGUUUUAGAUUUUCUUGUAACUUUUUUGCCUUAAACUUUACAAACAUUUCUUGUUUGUAAAGUUUCCUUCCAGAAGCUUCUAGCAUGACUUUGCUUAAACCAAAGCUUUGAUUUCCUGGCUGAUUUAUUUAGAUGCUGCUUUAAUAUUUCCACAUGAAGUUCUGUCCUUUAUUUCAUGAAGUGCACACAUGCACAUUCUGCCAGGAUAUUCAAACCUCACAGUUGGAAUAUUAUCAGGCUUUUCAAGCCUGUUUUUAUCCAUAUGUAACAAAGUUCACUGAGGCCAAACAGUUACGGACUGAUAAAGCUUUUCUAACUAAUGUGCAGAAAAAGAGUCAAAGUUUCAACCCUGACACCUGCUGGCCAGCUAAAGCUAUUGCACCCUCCCAAUAGAGGCGCCGACACUUUAACUCACCUUAAUCAGAAAAGUGCAGAAGAGACUGUGAUCGCUCAGGUUCACUGAUAUUUUGUUCAUUUAUCCUAAUUACUGAUUUAAAUAAUCCUGGCUUUGCUUGUACUGUCUUUUAUCCGUGCAUGGAGAAUGUAAUUUUGAUCACUUAUUGUUAUAUGAACCACAGUAAAGUUCCCUUGUUUUAUCUUG